AAAGCACUGCCCCUUCCUUGACAACACACACACACCGUGGUGCACCUGUUGAGUGUAGACCGUUUGUGGUAUCUAUGUAUUGUUAUCUGAAAUUGUGAAUAGAAGCAGUGCAGACUGACGGCAGUGCGAUCAGGACAGGAUCAACUCGGAUAGUUAGCUGGUGCACACGUUCCCCACAUGCGCAGUACAUCGGUUGGUGCCCUGGUAGCGCUAGUCGCCCCGCGGACCUGGCGGGUCCUCGCCUACUCGCAGACGUGGAAAGUAGAAUCCUUGUCUAAGGCCUUAGUCAAGUACAGAGACAUCUUCACCAACCCAGUGACCAUACCAUGUGGACACAGCUUCUGCUUGUCCUGUCUCUGCCACUUCUGGACACGACACCAGUCCAAAUACUGUCCCCACUGUAAGAGACUGUUUGCUGACAAGCCCGACCUCAGUGUCAACCGCAUUCUUGCAGACGUCUCAGACAACUACAGGAAGACUCGACCACAGAAACCGCCUGAUGAAGAAAUGGUUAUAGAUGUUGAGCAAAUGAUUGAGGAGAGGCUGCAGAAGAUUGAAAGGUUGAAACAUUCCCUGGAGCUCCAAAAGAACUCUUACCUCAGAGAGGUGCGAGAGAGUCAGAAGGUCUUCUCUGCCCUCGUAAAUGAUAUGGAGAAGAGUCACAAAGCGGUCGUUGCAGCAAUUGAGGAGAGACAGAGAGAGGAAGAGAAGAAAGUAGAAAAAAUGCUGGGAGAGCUGAAACAAGAGAUUCUGGAGCUGAGGAAGGAGACCGCUGAAUUUGACCCUAAGAUUCCCGUAAACAGUGAAGAUACGAAACACACUACCAUGAACAGUGUUUCCACUAAGUGCCCCUCUGAGAUGAAGGAGUGGUCCAAGAUUACCAUAGAAACUGACCCUUGUCUUGGGGUCACCAGACGGGCACUGUCAGACAUGAUGGAAAAGAUAAAAGUAGAAGUCAACAGGCUCUCCAAAUCUGAACUUAAGCGAAUAGAGAAAUACACAGAGGAUGUCAAUCUGAGUGCUAAGACAGCCCACCCCUUCCUCUUCGUCUCAGAUGACAGAAAACAGGUGAGACACACGGACAAGCUUCAGGAGGUACCAGAUCACCCCAAGCGGUUUGACCGCGUGGCAAACGUGCUGGCCAAAGAAAGCUUCAUCAGUGGGAGGUGCUACUGGGAGGUGGAGGUCGGGGAGAAGAUUGAAUGGAACCUUGGCGUUGUCAGACAGUCCAUAAACAGGAAGGGCAAGUUCACUGUCUGCCCUGCAAAUGGUUUCUGGACAUUAAGCCUGAGGGCUGGAGGCCAGUAUGUUGCCAACACCUCUCCUGUCACCCCGGUGGCUCUAGAGCAGAGACCCAGGAAAGUGGGCGUGUUUCUGGACUACACAGAAGGCCGCGUAUCCUUCUACUGCACAGAAUCUGGAGUCCACAUUCACACCUUCACAGAUACAUUUACUGAUAGGCUUCAUCCAUUCUUCAGUCCUGGUCGUCUGUAUGGUGGCAAAAACGCUACUCCCCUGAUCAUCUGUUCUAGUUUCUGCAGCAUCUAAACGUCAUAAUUAAUAUACAACUUAUAAAU